UUGUAUUUACAGCGAAGGUUCGGAAAAAACAAAUUUCCAUCAUUACAGAGAGCGUUUAAAGUCUACUGCAGCCUUGCACGUUAUUAUAAUCCGUUGGAUUUGCAGAUUCUUAUUCUUGAGAUUUUUUUUGACCAGUGAGGUUUUCAGAUAUGAUGUGGAUAUGAUUCUAACUUACCAACACAACAUGGCGUUUAGUAGAAACGAGCAGUAUUUAAAUUCAGGCCAGUACACGGACCCGAUAUGGGAUUUGCCUCAAUCAACGGGAUCAAGUACGAUAAUGAAUUCAAGGACACCCAGCGGACUAUCGGAUAUGUCACCCUUCGCAUCCCUAAGAAAAUCGGUCCCACCUGGAUUCUCAUCGAUAUCUGCAUCAGCGAACGACUUCAGCUCCGCUGACUCCUCGUACAAUUCUUCCUUCAACAAUGCGUAUUCCCCUUCUGUGUUUGGAGGCAGCAGGAACGACCGCGAGUUUCCACGGGCUGGCUCUCCCUUGUCGGGUCCUUCCGGCUUGUCAGCCCUAAGCCAUAGUUCCAGUAGCGGUGGUCUCUCCAACUCGAAUUUCGCGAUGGGUUACAAUUCACCAGCAGCCAGUUCCCGUCCGCUGACGGCUAGCAACGGUGCGUUUUCGAGGAGUAUUUCAGUGGGACAAACACCUUCGGUAUCAACCUCCGGUUUUGGGUCGUCUUACCCAGCGAGCUCGUUUACGAGUCAGUAUUCUGUACAACCGCAGUCGCAGUCCUCGUUAAAUAACACCUUUAACAUGAAUGCGCUUAAAGCUGGUUUUGAUGAUCUGUCAAUAAGAAACAGUUUACUGAAGAGAACACAGGAAGCCAAACGAUCGACCAGCACAAUGGGAGUACAAAAUUUUGGAACGUCGCCUUUUAUGCGUGGAAGCGCAUUCAACUCAACGAAUGAUAUUCUAGGAUCUGACGGACCAAUGUUCGAUAUCUCGGAAUUUCCUUCGUUAUCCUCAAGGAGUCGUCUCGAGAAUUCCAUGAGUUUUGCUAAUGUGCUCUCGCAGGGUCCGAAAUCAGCGUACGGAUUGACCAAGCAAGGUGGAAGUGAUGGGAACACAGAAUUUCAAAUGCAUAGCGAAGAUUUUCCAGCGUUGCCUGGUGCGGAAGGUGGAUCCUCACUUCCAGCGUUUGAGAAAGAAAAAAAUCGAGGCAUGUCGGGCGAUUCAUCCGGAGAUCGUGCUACUCCUAAUUCCGCAUCCGUUUCCAGCGGCAUCGGGGCGAUAAAUCAGCAAUUUAGCUACGGAUUAUCGUCAUCAGCGGCGGCGGCAAUGAAUACAUAUUUUCAACCGGGACCAGGAUUAUCCCAAGGAAUGCUUCCAUUUAGGAAGGUUGUACCGGAUACUGCGGAUAGGCUAAUGUCAUCGGUACCUUCUGUUAGGCGGAGAGAUGAUAUAAAAGAUAUCCUACCUUCGUCGGGAUCGAGGAAUACAUUUGUACCACCGUCUAUCAUACAAGAUCAUUUUGGUCUGUUUGGAUAUCUACAGUAUAUGAAAUGCUGGUCAGCAAAUGCGAGUGUACCGCUAGCGUCCGUUGGAUGUGAUCUCCAUUCACUUGGACUCGUUUUUAAUCCCCUCGAUGCUACACCAAAACGUUUCAAAGGUUAUCCAUUCCUGCACAGUUAUAUUAAUGAAGCAUGCACUGCACACAUUUGCCACUUAGAUGUCGAUGUCCCGGCUGAAUACCUUGUAUCCAUAAAUAUGCCUAAAGACAAGGUCACACUGCCAAGGAUUACGAAAUUUUCGGAAGACCUCUUAUUUUAUUUGUUUUAUGGAUUUCAGAGGGACUAA